AAAGAGUAUGUCGAUUGCCCGCUGUGAACUAUGCCACCUGUCAACUUGUAGCAAAAGGACAUUCAUGUUACUGUGCAUUCAUCUAACGACUUUACCUUUUAGAUACCAUCACUUGCCCGACUACAAAGUCAUGGGAAACUUGUGCCGCAGACUUGUUGGUGUUUUGGUCCUUCUAACUGUUUUUACUGAAAAUGCUAUUACGCAACUUUAUGGUCAAGAUGCUGUCCAUAGCAAUCUCCUAAAUGGGAAAACACUACGUGUAGCGUCGGUAGAGAUUUUGCCGUUCGUCGAAUUUCUCCGAAAUGAAAACGGAGAUAUCACUGAGGGAAGGGGAUUUUCUUUUGAAAUCCUCAACGCCCUUAUGGAAACUUACAAUUUUUCGAUUACAAUUAAAAUUCCCAACGACGAAGCCUAUGGAGCAUUAUUGCCAAACGGAACGUGGAAUGGAAUGAUUGCGAUGAUCCUGAAUAAUGAAUCGGACGUGGGUAUCGGCUCGUUCUCCGUGACCCAUAUGCGUCAUCAGUUUGUCGAUUUCACUGUCGCUUAUUAUGAAGAAUCUAGUGGAAUUAUGAUUCCUGCGCCAGUUCGCGGAAAACAGCUGUCGACCUUCAUCAAGCCUUUUCAAUUUCAAGUUUGGAUGAUACUAAUGGGAAUCCUUGUAGUUUUACCGUUUGUUAUGUGGAUGCAAUCCAAACUGCUGGCCAAAGCACAACGCACAAAUCCCAAGAAGCAGCUGGCGUUUAUCUACGGAGUUCUUCUGACGCAAUGUAAGUACAGUUCAUUUUCAGCUGGACAGAAGAUUCCUGAAAAGGAGCACUCCUUACGGUUGCUGGCCAUGAUUUGGUUUUUGUGCGCUUUGGUGUUUAUCCACGCUUAUAUAGGAACACUUGUAUCAUUUUUGAACGUCCCGAAUCUGAAACCCGUUAUACGGUCAUUAGAUGAGUUGCCCGCUUCAGGACUUGGCUGGAUAGUUUGGAGUGGAUCAGAUUUAGAAUCAUUGUUUUUGGAAGCGACAGACGGUAUAUACCGCAUUAUUGGUGACCAGUUACGCCAGCACCCCGAAAGAUUGGUCGAUUUCCUCGUUGAAGGAGAACAAGCCGUUAAAAAAGGAGGUUUUGCCUACAUGAAUAAUAAAGCAAGGAUUAAAUAUGCCGUUGAAAAGGACUUCAUUAGCUCUGGUUUUACCUGCAAUUUAGACGUCGCCAAGGAGACAUUUUAUAAAGUCAAUCAAGCAUUUGCGCUGCCUAAAGGAAGUCCCAUUGGAGCAUUUUUUAACAAAAAGAUCCUUUCAAUGCUGGAAAGUGGAUUAAUGGAGCACUGGCGAAAGAAGCAUCUGUCUGGGAAAGAUCACUGCAGCGCAUCACAUUCUUACGGAGCACUUCUGCGCAAACUUAACUUUGACGAUCUUAAAAGUGCAUUCCUCAUAUGGUUUGUAGGAGUGUGCAUUGCAUUAAUGGUUUUCGUAGUUGAAAACAUCGUUUACUUCAGCGGGAAAACAGAGCACCAUGGAACUUGGUGAGUCAACUAGAAUUAGGAUUAUUAAAAAUGUUUCUCGUUGAUUGCUACCUGUAGAUUUGGAAAACCCAUAAAGUUGUCUGUAGUUAAACAAGACAUAUGGCCGACGGAAUCUUUUUAACCCACAUGAAAGUUUAUCCACGUUGAUGAAUAUUUUGCGCUGCUUCAUGGAUAUUUUCCAUUGGUAUGCAAAUGGCGGAUUGUUUGGUGCUUGGAGCUAUAGCUGUACAGACCUGAAGCAGUGGUCGAUUUUUUUAAUCGAUCUGAACCCGAUGAAUCCAAGCGUAACUUUCCGGAAUAAUACCUAGCAACCGCCGGAACAUGUUAGUCAAACGAAUUAACAAUACAAUCAUUUUGCGACAG